AUGCGGCUGCGCGCCGCCCGCGGGCGCGCCGUGGCUGCCGCGCUCGCUCGGCCAACGAGGGGCCUGGCGGCGCUGGCCACCAAGCCCUACCGCCUCCCAGAGCAGCUGCGCGGGCGGCCUGGCAGGAGCGAUCAGGCCGUGCAGGUGGACCUCUCGAGCGUCCCGCAAAGGGGCGGAGCGGCCGUCCUCGAGCCCGGGCUGGUGGUCCUGAGGGGCGCGCUGGACGCCGCGGAGCAGAGGCGGCUGGGGUCGGAGGCCUGGGCGGCGGGCUGCGGCCAGAGGAAUCCCGCGCACACGUUCUUCGAGGCCGACGGCUCCCUGCGCGGGCCCAGGGGCACGCGCGGCCGAAUCUUCGACGCCUGCCUUCGCUUCGGCCCGCGGCUGACGGGCCUGCUGCUGCCCGCGUGCGCGGCCUGGGUGUCGAGGGCGCGCGCCCUGGACGCCAGCAUGCCUGGGCACGAGGCCUCCCACCUGCUGAUGCUGUACUACCCAGAGGGUGGCACGCUGGGCUUCCACAGGGACGAGCAGGCGAAUGACGGCACUGGGGACGAGCCCGUGGUGAAUCUAUCCUUGGGGGUGCUCACGCUGCGCUCCGGCGACGUGGUGCUCUUCGGCGGCCCCUGUCGGCGGCUGCUCCACGCCGUGGUGGCCACGCGGCGAGCGCCCGCGGGGGAGGAGGUGCUGCCGGAUGCCGCCGCGGGCGGUAGGCUGAGCUUCACGCUGCGCCACGCGCCGGAGGUCCUCGGCAAGGAGCAUCUCUACGCCGACUUCCGGCCGGGCGAGCGGCGCGGGCCGACCGGGGACGAGCAGCUGCUCGGGCAGAGGAGGCCGCCCGCCGGCUGGCCUUGAUGGUGCGCUAGGCCGUCGCGCGCGCGGGGCCUCCCAUGGCGCGAGAAGUCUGGCCAGCGGCGCCUCUGUGCCAAUCUCCGGCGAGCGGCGCGCGGCGGGAGCCGACGAGCGACGAGCCGCUGCUCGGGGCCGAGGAGGCCGCCCGCUGGCUGGCUCAAUGGUGUGGCCGUGGCGCGCGCCUCGCCUCCCAUGGCGCCAGAGAUCUUCGACCGGCAGCACCCCUGCGCCGACUUCAGCGGCGGCCACGAGCAGCACGUCGAGCGCGCUGGCCCUCCCACUCCUCGGGCCACGCUUCGCGGGGCGCGGCCGCGGAGGGGAGAGGGCGGCGGAAGAGUGCGGUCAGUAGCGCGUGCUUAGCGUGUCGCGCCUCCGGCUCUGGCCAACCACGCUUCAGGAGCGAAAGAACGACGUACACGUACAUGAAUCCACGUUGGUUCGGGGAGUACGCAUUGCGCGAAUCUUCGUAUUACGCGGCUGAUCUCGCGGGGGCCGUGUUCAUGCAUGUGGUUGGGAGCGUACGCCUUUUGUGGGCUCCCCAACGCUUAGGUGCGGCACGCCGCCCACGUCCAGGUCCCCGAGCGUCCACGUCCCUCCCGCCGCGCGGAGCGGGGCGACGCGACAUCUGCUUGCAAGGCGUAGCGUGUCGCCGGGGCCGCCGCCGCGCCACGCUGAGCGAAAGUCCCCGACCGAACAUGCUCUUAGCCGCCGCGCGCUGCACUCCUUCGCAGCACGCAGCCAGGAGCAGAAACAAGUUGCCCGCGGAGUGGUGGG